AUGAGCGGUGCUCAUCUCCACAUCGGUAUUCCUUCCACUUUUACAAAUUCUCCCAAGCUUGAUGCAAGAACACGCCGUUUGAGUUCGAGGGACGAUGCCAGCUUUUCAUCCGUCACACGAAGCUUGGACCCCUUGGAGCUUAGAUGGAGGAAGCUUGAGGCCAAGAGAGACGAGGUCUUGGAUAUCCGGGCGGAUAUCAUACGCUCAAGGCGGAAGGCUCAGAAGUGUCGUGUUCGCAAAGACGCUGCUGACAAUGUUUUUAUGUCUUUCCUGCGUCCUCUGCUUCUGUACAAUGCCGGCGCGAAUGUUUUAGCCACGUCGCACGCUCGCCUGAGGGAGCUCUUCGACCACAUGCAAAAUGCCAGGGACAAGUGCCAAGAUGUGGAGACUGCCCUGGAGUUACUGGAAGAGAAGCUGGGCCACGCAGAAGAUCAACUUGAUUAUGCAGAAAGGGAACUCAUUAGUGAACUUCGUCCGGACGCCGCAGUCACGAACAAUGGAAAGCCUCAAGAGGCUAAGAACCGCCGUCCCCCUUCUCCUCCACCUCCUUUGCUCCUGGGUAUCGGCGCAGAGAGGGCUGAGGACUUCCACCCUCUCUACAAAAAGUUCAUCUCAGCCGUUGGAUAUCUCCAGCUCGCCGAGGAGCACCACCGAGAUCUUCUCUUCCGAAAAGGGUCGAUCGAAAGGGAACAAGGGCAUUUGAGACUUGCUCAAGAUUAUCUUCCAACCGACGACAGCGCCUUCAAUAGGCAGCUUCAAGCCCAAGAUUUGGAAUUCCUAAACAACUUUGAUUUUCAGAUGAGAGAGACCAAUCUCAAGAUGGAAACACUGGGCCAAGAGGUGGAAAGACUUCGGAAUAUGUGCCAGGAGAGAGGUGUAUUUCCCAAGCACGCGCCUUUGCAUGAGGCCUACACAUACGAGCGGGACCUUGGUGACGAUGUGCUUCUAAGCUCAGACUUAUCUGACGGAAUAAAGCCCGGUGCAUUAUUCAGCUCCCGUUUCGCGGUCCUGCUCUACAGUCCCAAUCAUCUCAUCGAGGAGCCCCCGAUCACAGCAAAGGCAGCCUUGAAGAGGGCCGUGAGCCUAAAAGACGGCGAUCCUCUCUAUCCUCACAAAGCGGAGAUCUUUGCCUCUGCCGCUAAAGAGUUUCUCAUUGAGAACCUCGUUCAAGAUGCUAACGAAUUCGACAAGACCGACUUCAUUAACCGUUGGCUACUUCAAAGAUUGAGGACUUCAACGGUCGAAGUGGAGCUUCUAUACUCGCUGUUCCUUUCUUCCUCUUCAUUAGAGAUCCUCGAUCUGGACCGGUGGCAACAGGAUGUUUUAUUCUACUGGACAAGGGAUGAGAAAGCAAGGCUCCCACCCGAGCGGUAUGUUGGCCCUGUGACUUCGGAGUACACGCAAGGUCAACCCGUGUUCACUGGAUCAUCUGUCAAAUCAAGUCUGCAAAGUCACACGCCGAAAUAG